AUGCCCUGGCGUUCGUCCAUUACCAAUGUCCGACAGAAUAUACACUGGCAGGCUGUGGUAGACGGAUACACCAGAAUUCUCCGGGCCUUUGCAGAGGACGAAAUUGCAAAGCGUACUCCAAGUCCAGAUGUGAUUACUGUGGCUGAUAUGGCAAUGAAAGAACUUAAGCGGGUGGAGGAUGGGAGUUCGCGCUUUGUUACAUAUAUGUAUCCUUUUGCGAGUGAACAUCGCGCAAGACUAUUGGCGGAAAUGCAGUGUCUCUCACUGCUAUUCGAUGAAUCAUGGGAACAUCAUGAGCAUGACCAUAACCAAACCUUCUUCCUCUCUUUGAUGCCACCAAUUAAUAAUGAAGACCUCCACCCCAAGACCCCACUCCAAGAAACCGUGUGGAAGUCAAUUGCGGCAGUCUAUGAAGAAGAUGAACGCGUUGGUGGUAAUGGCGGCACGGGACUCAUCGAGUUCCUAACUAACUAUAUCAAACACCCAACCCCCGUCAAAGAUUUCAAGACUUUUACCGACUUUAUGGAUUAUCGUUUUAAUGAUGGAGGCAUGAUGGUAUGCUGGAACUCAGCCAAAUUCUCAAUCGGUUCGAAUCUCAGUCUCCAAGAGCCAAAAAUGGCCCGUAUUAUCCGCCUGCUUUCUGAACAGAUGCUCGAAUCCAACGACAUCGCUUCAUUUGAUAAAGAAAAAAAGCACUGGUUGGCUGGAAACGCUAAACAAUUCCUGACAACCAACGGGACCGCCAUUAUCCGAGAUCUCUUCGCAUUGAAAAGCGACGAAGCAGCGAAAGCGCUUGCGUAUGCAAAUCAAAUGGAAACAGAGCGUCAAAUUGACCGAGAACUAGGGGAUUUGCUCUCCACGGGCCAAUUAUCGGCCGAUGAAUGGCAUCUGGUUAAUGCGAUGCUAUACUGUGUUACAGGGAAUCUAAUUUCAGCCGUUACGAUGUGUCGGUAUGGAGGUCAGGGUGCUAGAAUCACAACUGCAGAGAAAGGGCUGAAUGUGAAUGAAUUGGGUGCAGCAGGUAUGUGGCCGGUGAUUUUACUGUGUUCGGCUGGGGUUGCUUUGGCUUCUCAGAGCUUUUACCGCUGUCUAAACUUCUAG